AGAUGGCUGUCGGCUGAAGGGUAGUGGUGCGGCUGACACCCGAGGAUUUUCUGCACCAUGAGCAAAAUAUAAGCUUGCUUUUAUAAAUACGGAGUACUUUUCACCAUCAACGGUUACAUAGCAUCUUGAUGACCCGUUUGUAAUCAGGGACCUAUCUGAGACCAUGUGGAAGUGGUACUCUGGAGAUGAGUCAGCCCCUGGUCAGGGAGCACCAGCUCCCCCGGAUGGCAUGAGCAGCCAGUCGGUGGCAGAUAUAACUGAACAGCUGGCUCAGACUGAACAACUUGUGGUUCAGCUGAAAGAACUGAUCCGAGAAAAAGAUAAUGUCCUGCGCACCAAAGACGAGCAGCUUAAGACUGAGAAAGAAGCAUGGGAGGCCAAGCUCUCCAAAAUGAAGCUGCAAAACAAAGCCAAGGUCACCUCAUUAAAUUCUCAACUGGAAGAAUUAAAGAAGCAGCUGCCAUCGUCAGGAGCCAAGGAAACCAAGUCUGAUAUCAGAAAGGCUUCUGGUGAUGGGGACCAGGAGCAUGCUGCCGCAAGCCGUGGAAAAAUCCUAGUGCUGAAGAAAAAAGUGGAGGAACUUGAACUGCAGCUUUCUCAGAAAGAGGCAGACCUGGAAGUUAAGACCAGAGAGCUUGCGGAUCAGAGGCAGCGUGGGGCGGAGAUGGAUGGCAUGCUUGCCGAGAGGGACAAGAAGCUGCAAGAAAAGGAAGCUUACAUUGUUGACCUCCAGCUGAGUGCGUCGGCUGACCUCACCUCCAGAGCCUCAUCCACUCCCACAGAGCCGCUGAAGGUUCACUUAGCAGAAAAAGAUGGUUCCCUGCAGGACCUUCAAGUGCUGGUGCAAAAUCUUACCAAGAAAGUUGGGGAAAGUGAAGAAAAAUUCAGCCUUCUUCAAGAACAGAAUGAAAGCCUUAAGGAGCUUCUGAUGAAAGAGAAGACGCAGUUUGAAGAAAAAGAGAAGAUGUACAAGGAAAAUAUCCAAACGUUUAAAGACAUUAUUCUGGAAAAAGAUAACAAGCUGGUGGAAAUAAACCAGAUGCAUGAACAGGAGCUGUUCAGACUGGCAGCCAAAUCCGAUGCCAGCGCGGACCUUGAGCAGCUACUGAAGGCUUUGAAACAGAAGUUACACGAGAAGGAGGAGGUUCUGCUAGGGAAGACUCAGGUUAUUGACGUUCUUCAGAAUGAAGUGGAUGCCAGGGACCAGCAGAUAAAGGAGCUUGCUGAAAAAAUGAAGCGCCUUCAAGGGGAGAAAGAUAAUAUGCUUUCCAAGCUGGACGCCGAGAAGCAUGUAAUGAGAGCCCAACUCAGAGACCUGAUGCAGAAACAUGAGACUGAACUGAAACAGGUCACAGAGAGGCACGAAAGUGAGCUGUCCGAGAAGCAUCAAGCUUACCUGCAGCUCCAGAGACAACUGCAGGAGCUCAGCAAUAAAAACGCAGCCCCUGCAGAGCAGACAGGAGGGACUCCUCUGGACACAGCUGCUAAUCAGAAAAUGACAGAGUUAGAAGCACAAGCAAAGCAGAAAACCGAGGAGGCCAGUAAAUCCGAAACAAAAUUCCUCAAAAUGAAGGCCUGGUCCAAGUCCAGAAUAAAACAACUGGAGGAAGAGCUCAGAAAAGCACAGUCUGGAAACACAAGCCCUGAUGUGAAUGCUUUAAGGAACAGAAUUGCUGAUCUUGAAGAGGAAAGAGAAGAACUUCAUCAGAAACUAGAGCAAUAUGAAGAACUAAAGAUGAAAAAUGAUGAACUAAUGGCUAAACUUGUGAUCUAUGAAGAGCAACAAAGGAAAAUGCAGGCUGACCUGGAACAAGUUACUAAGAGAGCUGCAUCUCAGACAAGUGAGUCGGGCAGCGUGGAAGAGCUGCAGAGCCAGGUUCUGGAGUGGCAGGAGAUGGUGUCCGAGGCAGAGGCAGUCCGUGACCAGGCCAGGGAGGAGAAGACAGCCAUGGUUUUGAGAAUGAGUCAGAUAGAGGAGGAAAGAGAAGGACUGAUCGAGGAUGACUGGUUCUUUCCUGGCUGCUCCGAUCCAGCCUUAGUCGCUCGGCAGCAGGAGCUGGAGGAGGAACUGGCACAAGCUCGAGGGCUUCGGCAGCAAAGGGGCAAGCAGAAGCAGGUGAACAUCGGCACCCACAAUCUGCAGGAGGAUUUUGAAUUUGAUGGGAAGCAAUCAUAUGAAGAUGCCAGCGUCACUUUAGAGAGCAACAAUUCUGCAGAAGGGGAGAAUAUGGGAGGUUGGUGGCCAGAGUACAGUUCUCCUGAUACAGGCCUGAGAUCGGUGGUUGAAGAGCUGGAAUUGGAAAGAAACCAGCUUCAGGAGCAGAUUCUGGCACUGGAAGAGCGAUGUCAGGACCUUGAAGACAGGCUGCAGCUGCAAGCAAGGAUUGAGUCACUGCAGGUGACGUUUGAUGUAGAUGAAGAAGGGCAGCCGUUGAGGGUUACACAGAAUGAAACAGAACGCCUCCAGGCUCAGUUAGCCAGUGUGCGCAGUCAGCAGAGCAGAGAUGCUGAGAAACACCAGAUUCUUGUCUCCAGUCUGAACGAACAACUGAAAGGAAUGAGCGACCGGAAGGAGACCCUUGAAACAUCUCUCAUGGAGAAGGAGCAGACAUUAGCAAAAACAUCUGUAAAACUGGAACUAAUUGAUCAUCUCAAAGAUUCGUUAAAGGUGCAGGAGGUACAGAACAAAGAGAUCACAGAGAAGCUGUUUCACACGGAGCAAAAACUCUCUGAAGCUAGCAAGAAGUGUAACUCCUAUGAAAAACAAUGUUCCGAGCUGAAGACUUCUGUUACCGAUCUUACACAGAAACUGUCCAUGUUAAAAGAAAAGUCUCAGAAGCAAGAGGCUACAAUAGAAACACUGCAGCGGGACCUGGACCAGACAAACGAUGAGCUUGACAAAUUGAACUCUGCCCAUUUGCAAGAACGGGCACAGCUCAUUCAUGACCUCCAAAGCUGUGAGAGAGAAAUUGAUAACCUUAAAGAUGUUCUCUUGGAAAAAGAAAAGGAAAUUUCUUCUCUUUCUAGUAGUAUGAAUGAGUAUGCUGAGCAAGUCUUGGAGUUGAAACAGCAAAUCAAAUACAAAGAAGAGGAUCUGGCACUAAUGGAAUCAGCCCUAGCUAAGGUAGAGCAGGAAGCUCGAAUUAUAAGAGACUCCCAGUCUUCUGAUCAGCAGGCCUUGAAUGCAAAGAUUGCAGCUCUUAUGGAACAGCUGAAAAGCAUGGAGAAUGAACUUGACAGCAUUAAAGCACAAAAAGAAGAAAAGGUCAGAGAGGCCGAAGAGUUACUAAAGCAUGUCCAGGAGGAUAGGGAGACAAUUCAAGAUCUUCGGAGUGAAAUCCAAAAACAAAAUGUGAAUCAUCGCACUCAUCUCGCUGAAUGCGAGUCUCAGAUCUCUUCCUUGAGAGAACAGGUCACUGCAACAUCUCAGAAAUUGCAAGAGUCUGACAACAAAAGCCAAGCAGAGAUUAGCGACCUUCUUUCCCGUCUUGAAGAAAGCAGUGCUUUCAACAAAGAGCUCAAGGACAAGCUGCAGGAAAAGGAGCAAACCUUCGCAAAUGAGCUGAAAUCCUUAAAGGAGGAGUGCAACAAACUUCUUGCUGAGGUUUCGACUAAAGAUAAAGAGCUGCAGAAGCUAUCUGAACAACUGGCAGAACAGGUGGAACAUCACGAAAAGAUCAAAAAGGUAGUACAGGAGAAACUGGAGACCAUAUCUUCUUUGGAACAGAACCUAAAAACUACUCAGCAAGAAGCAGAAUAUAAUAAACAAAAACAGAAUGAGGAGCUGGAAGCAAGAGUUUUAACCUGUAAAACACUUGAGGAUGAACUCUGUGAUAAAUCUGAGAAUCUUUCAAAAUUGGAAAUUGAUGUGAAAAAUCUUGAACAUGCCAAAGAGGAACUCCAGGCCAUUGUAGAGGAAAAGGAAAAACUUCUUGAAGCACAAAAGCAACUUGUUGCUGAGUUAAGUGAAAAGGUGGCUGUUGCUGCUAAGGACAAUAAGGAUCUUCAAGUCCAAGUGCAUAAAUUUACGGAGGAGAGUGAGAAACUGAGAAAGGCAGUCACUGAUCAAGAGAGAUAUCAUUCAGAGGAGUUUGAAAGGCAAAAGAAGGUUGAGAAUGAACUGCAAAGUAAAUUAUCUCAUUAUGAGACUCAGAUUUCAGAAUACUGCAAGACUGUUGGAAUGCUACAGAAAGAAAAGGAAGACCUAACUUUAAAAACUGAGGAUCUCAAUAUUCUGGAGCAGAAUAAAAAUAUAGUGGCAGAGAAGCUAUUGGAAAAAAAUGAUGAAUGUAGUCAUCUUGCACAAUUAUUAUCUGAAAGUAAAGAAUCAAUAGCACACUUUCAGGAGCAGAUCAAUAUCUUGAAUUCCCAGCUAGACCAGCUGAAAUGUGAUAUUGCUGAAAAGGAGAAAGUUGUUCAAGAUAAAAAUGCACAGUGUGAAUUUCAGCAAGAGCAGCUUGGGCAACUUCAAGAGACAUUGAUUUUGCUUCAGGAGCAGAGUGCAGUUUUAAAAUCAUGCUUGUUAGAAAAAGACUCUGUCUUGCAACAAAGAGCUUUAGAAUGUGAGGCCUCGCAGAAUGAAAUUGUUCAGCAGAAAGAGCUUUUCGAUAAGUUAAAAAUAGAAAUGGAAUCUCUUAAAGGCCAAUGUAUACAGCAAAACCAAAACCUGAAUGAAAAAGAAAUUACCCUUAAUAAUAAGUCUCAGGAGUGUCAAGGGUUGCUUGAUAAAAUAAAUAGGAAAGAUGAAACAGUGACUUCACUGAGCAGACAGUUAGAUGUUACGAAUGAAGAGCUUAUAAAACUUCAGUCAGAAAAUGUUAAUCUUAAAACUACAUUGGAUAAUACAAUUGCUGAUUGCAAACUGCUUAAAGAAGACACAGUUCAGUCAAAAAAUGAGGUGAUGGAGCUUCAGAAACAAGUUCAGGCAUUGAAUGAGCAAAACGCCAAACUUGAAAUAGAAAUUAAGGAAGCAGCUGUAGUUUUAUCAGAAACGCUGAAAGAAAUUGGUGACCUCCAAUCAGAGUUGUCUAGCAGAGAGAGUAGUAUAGUCUUCUUGAAAGAAGAGGUGGUGGGAAUUAAUUCAGAAAGAUUAAGUUUAAAUGUGGCUUUACAAGAGAAGAUAGAAGCUUUGAAUCAGCAGGAGAUAUUUAUAAAGCAGUUGCAGACCAAAUCAAUAGAGGGGGAAGGACAGCUUAGCCAAAACAUGGUAACAAUUACUGAGUUACAAAUACAAGUGCAGGAAUUGCAAACUUCACUGCAGGACAGAGGCAAUUUAUUGAAGAAGCAGGAAAAAGAACUUACACGGUUAAAAGAUAAGGCUGAAGAAUCGGAGGUCUUAAAAACGCAAUUGAAUGAAAAUAUGGAGAUUAUUUCUAAUCUCCAGAUUCAGCUUCAGGCCAUGUCAGAGAAGAAUGAUGAGUUAAAUCAUAGCAUCAUUGAAAAUGACUCCCUGCUGAAACAGAAAAUAGAUGAUUACCUUAAUUUAAGGGCACAGUUUUCAGAACUGGAAGACAUGGUAUCACAACUCAAAAAACAGCUACACAGUACAACUACAGAGUCUGAUCAGUUGAAGAAAGUACUUAAGGAAAAGGAGUUGACCAUAUCACAGAUUCAGAAGAGCUUAGUGGAUCUCGGUGAGGAUUUCAACUUGAAACUGAAAGCUAAGGAGACUGAGUGUGGAACUUUUAAAGAACAAAUCACAGAUCUUCAAGAGUCUGUUGCAAAACUGAAUGAAAAAAUAAGUACUCAGUCAUCUGAAAUUAGUCAAUUGAAAGAGGUCCUUUUAGAAAAGGAGACUUCUGUAUCAGACCAGGCAAGAAUCCUGAAGGAACUCCAGAUAAGAGCAGAUGAGGCAGUCCUUUUCAAAUCACAGUUGCUGGAGAGCAGAGAGUUUGUAUCGCAGCUACAGGACCAGAUUCUCAAACUUUCCACAGAAUCCAAGAGACUCAGUGAAUCAUCUGAGGAGAAAAGCAGCGCUUUCUUAAAUCUGCAGGACAUGUAUGCAUCCCAGUCGGAACGCCUGCGUGAAUGUAACACAUUGAUCACUCAAAAGGAAGAAGAGAUCUCUAAUCUCAGUAAGUUGUUAAGUGAAAACAGAGAAUCUAGGUACUUUGCAGAAAAUACCUCAAACCUUCUAAAGAAUGAAAUUACACUUCUGAGAGAUGAACUUCAGCAAAUACAAACAUCAUAUGUUAAUAAUUUAAAACAAAAGGAUGAUGUUCUUCUCACUUAUCAGGCAAACAAUUCUUGUCUGACUGCUGAGAUUGAGCAGUUAAAGCCACAAUACCAAAAAGCCAUUCAACAGGUUCAGACAUUAAAUGAGAGUCUUGAACAAAGAGAAGCUGACUUGCAGUCCUUAAAAAGAGAGCACUCUGAACAAGUAGACCACAUUGACCUGCUGAAGUCAGAAAUAUUGGACUUGAAUCAAAAGAAUAAAAAAAUGAGAGAGGAAGCAGAACAGGUAAAUCAUAAUCUGCAACAGCAGCUGGAUUUGAUAGUCAGUGAAAAAACACAUUUGCAGCAAGAAGUUGAGAGAAUAACUCUAGAGAAAGUUGAGCUUGAUAAGAAUUACAAUAGUCAGUUACAAACAAUGAAGAAUGAGAUGGAUUUCAUCAAUAAGCAGCACGUCAGCAACAUGAGUGAAGCAGCAGAGCAGCUGACGACGGAGAAGGAGCUUCUUCAGAUGCAGGUUAGUGCCAAGAUUGAAGAAAUCAUCGGACUGAAGUUAGAAACUCGUAACAUAGAACACACCCUACAGGAAUCAGAAAAGGAGUGGUUGUCUAUCCUUGACAGGGAAACCCAGCUCAAAAAUCUUCUCACAGAGCAGUUGAGAAGCUUAGAAAAUGAGAUGAAGUCAAAAGACGUUAAAGUCCAAGCACUGCAAAAGGACCUAGAUACCUUGCAGGAAAAGUUUAAUGAGGUAACGUCUGCACUCAAAAUUAGCACUGAACAAUUAAAAGAAAGUUGUCAGCAAAUUGCAGUAGAUAAACAUCAAUUAGAAAAUGUAUUUGCAGCAAUUCAGAGAAAAGAUGGUGAAAUUUCAGAACUGCAACAGCAUUUAAGAGAUAGGGAAGAUGAGGUUAAAAUGUUAGAGAUAGAUAAGGAGUCAAGUAAUAAAAAUCUAUUCGAAAUCUCACAAUCCAUGUCUGAUAAAUUAGUAGCUUUUGAAGAAGAAAAAAAAUAUUUGCAAGCCACUAUUAAACAAAUAAAGGUAAAUCAUCAGGCAGAAAUGGAUUCUAUGAAAGCCUCUUUAGACAAUGUGACAGAGGUAUUGCAAGAAAAGCAGUCUGAACUUGCAGAGAGAGAGAAAAUCUAUCAAGAGAAGAACAAUCAGCUUUGUUUUUUGCAGGACCAAAUAAAAAAUCUACAAAAAGAUAUGGAUGCAGCUGCUACUGAUCUUAAAGAGGCAGUUACUGAACAUGAAUAUCAUCUUGGUGUAAUCAAAAAGAAAGAGGAUCAGAUUCAGUGCAUGAAUAUUCAGAUAAGCCAGCAAAAAGAAUUGCUCACCUCCCUUAGCCAACAGUUAAGAGAGAAGGAUGCAUCCGUCACUCAAGUCAUGGUAUCGGCAUCUAAUGAAAUGCUGAAAUAUAGUGACGAAAAGAAUCGGUUGAUUUCACAGGUAGAAAACCUUGAACAUUUGCAUCAUUGCUCCACAAAAGAACUUGAAGAACUUUCCCUUCAGCUUCAGGAGUGUAAAUCUCAGCUGUCUCUAUGUCAAAAUCAGAUAGAAAUAAAAGAUGUAGAAAAACAAGAGUUGGUCAAAGAAAAAGAGCUGAUGCAAGUGCAGUAUGAAAAACUAUCCAAAGAUAAAGAAAUAAUGAAGAAAAAGCUCCAGGCUGCACUGUUAGUGAGGAAGGACUUAAUAAAGAAGGUGGAAGAGCUUGAAAAGCAAAGAGAAGGUGGUGACCAGCAGGAUAAAGAAAUGUCUGAGUUGCAAGAUCAAUUGCAAGAAUUAAAAUUACAUCUUCAGACCACAACACAGGAACAUGAAAGUCACGUAGACCUUUUGAAAGAACAAAUACUACAAAAGGAAAGUGGAAUCCUAAAACUUUCCGAGGCCCUUUCUAUGAAAGAGUCUCUCUUGGAACAGCUGGAACAUAAUGUACAGUGCUUGCAAAGAAAGCUUAGCGAGCAGGAGACAGACAUUUUUCCUGCCCUCCAAUCAAUUAAUGAAAAAGAUAAAGUUAUUGAGCACCUCCAGUACAGCAUCAGUGAAAAAGAAGAAUCUUAUAACAGUGAACGAGCUGAGAUGAUCAAGAAGCUUGAGAAUCUGAGAGCAGAAUUAUUAAAGAAAGAAGAAAGCAUUCAGUUGAUAGAUUCUGUAAAUUCAAAUAUCGAGCAAGUUGACAGUAUGGCUUCAGAAGACACAGAGCUGACUCAAAUUAAGCAGGAAAAAGACAUUUUGCAAAAAAAGCUUCAUGCUGCUUUGUUAGCUAGGAAAGAAACAAUUAAAAAGUCUCAAGAAAAGGAACGGAAACAUGCAAAUGAGUUGUCAGAUCUAAAAGAAGAGUUCAACAAACUCAUGGAGCAGUAUUCUGAGCAAACUCAUGAGCUUAAUGCAAUGCAGAAAAAGUAUGAUGAAAAGAUAAAAGAGUCUGAAGAUAACCUGCAGGUUAUAGCAUCACUCCAGAGUCAGUUGAGUUCCAUCAGCAAUGUUGUCAAUGAAAAGGAAAAGGCUUUGCAAGAGUUUGACCUGCUACUCAAAGAACAUGAGAUGAGCGAACAAGCUGCCUUACAAAAUCAAGGUGAAUUAGAAACUCUUAAGAAGAAAAUUGAAGUUAUGACAUCAGAGAUGGCAGGUAAAGAAAUUUUGCUACAAACAAUCCAAGACCGUUCUAAAGUGUUAACUCAAAAAAUUGAACAGAUUGAACAGGAACUUGAAAAAGCACAUUUCGAGAUAAGGGAGAAGGCUGAAGAGCUAAUGGUGCAGCAGCAAGCAAUGAAGGUGGCCCAACAACAGUACCAACAAGAAAAGAAGUUAAUGGCUGAUGAGUCCAGUGAGCUGCAGAACCAAUUAAGGACAUGUCAAACAGAGAUAGACCAUCUUACAGUUGCCCUCGAGAAUGUGAAAAGAGAAAAAGAAUGCCAGUUAGAAGAUUUAAGUAACGCAAAUCAACUGCUUCUGGACACUACCAAAGACAUUAAAGAAGAGCUUGAAAAGGCACAUAAGAUACAUUCUGAAAAAUUAAAAGAGCUUCAGGACAUGAAGAAUAUUCUAGCAGAAACACAGCACAACUUUAGUCAAGAAAAGGAAUGUUUAAAAGUUGAGCUGGAAAACUUGAGAUCCUGCUGGAAAGUGUCUCAGGCUGAAACUGAAAACUGCAAAUUACACAUAGAAACAUUGGAGAAAGAAAAUGAUGACUUAUCUUCAGUUUUAGAAAGAUUUAAAGGGGAAGUUGUUACCCUGGAGGAAAAACUCAACAAAACAAAUAAACUAAAAGAAGACACGCUUGAGAAACUACUCGCCUUGGAAGCACAGAAGUCCAAAGAGGAUUCUACCUUUGGGAAAGAGACGUUGUUAGCCUUGCAGUCCCAAAAUCAAAACUUUGAAGCAAGACUGCAAGAUAAAGAGGGCAUUUUGCUCUCUCUUAAAUUAACAAUUUCUGAAAAAGAUGAUCUUAUUGCUGCUUUGGAACAGCAACUACAGAAGGAGCUGCAUCUUCAUGAGGUUGAAAGGGAAAAGAUGGAAAUUGAAAUUAAUGAACUACAGCAAAAGUCCAAUGCACGUCAGGUUAAAGAACAGUCAGAAGAAGGAAAAUCUAAUAAUGAACAGAUCACUAGAAAACUUCAGGCAGCUUUAAUAUCUCGCAAAGAAGCCCUAAAGGAGAACAGGACACUCAAAGAAAAAAUCCAGUUGCUGUCUUCCGAAAAAGAAGACAUAAUGAAUACAACUUUAAGCCUCGAGAGGUCAGCUGCUGAAAUGAAAAGGCAAAAAGAAGACUUGGAGCUUUCCAUGCUUUCUCUAAGCAAGGAAAAAGAAAAACUAGUUUUGGAAGUUGAUCAGGUUUUAAGUGACAACCAUAACCUUGCAGCUGCCUGCGAGAGCCUCAAACUCACAAUUGAAAAUAUCACACAACAGAAACAAGCAUUUUCAUGUCAGUUAGAAUCCUUGAAAGACUCCCAGACGGUCGAGUUAUCAGAGUGGAAGUCAAAACACACAGAGCUAAAACAAGAAUAUGAAUCUCUUUUACAAGCUUAUGAAAACAUCAGCAGUGAAAUGGAUAAAAUGCGACAACUCAUAGAGGCAGCUAGGAAGGAAAAACAGGAGGUUCUAUCCAAAUGGUAUAAAACUGCAUCUGAAAAGGAAAUCCUAGAGAAACAAGUCGGUGAAGCUGAAGAGGAAAAUGAGAAGUUGAAGGACAAGACGCGAAAGUUUGCUAAAGUAAAACAACAGAGGAUCCUAGAGCUGGAGCAGGAGAAUGAAAAAAUCAAAAAAGAGCUACUUGAACUCAGUGAAAAGCAAGUGGGCAAAGCUGAAGAACUCAGUUCUAGGAACACUCAGCUUGAAGCAGAGAAUAACAGAUUAAAAGAAACAUAUGAAGAACUUUUGGUAAAGCUAAAUGAAAUGAAGUGCGCAAAUCAAAAAGUGACUGAAGAACUUAAAGUUAUGAGUGAGUCCUUGGCAAACUGCCACAGCGAGUAUAAAGCUAAAGAAGCUGAAAUGGAGCGGAAACUAGAAGAGACUCUUAGUUUAAAUGAUUUGUUAACUCUGGAGGUAGAAACUCAAAAGGCAGUUAUAUCGGCCAAAUGCGAAUGUCUGAAUGUAUUGGAAAAGGAAAAGUGUAAUCUGUCUGAUCAGUUAGCACAAUUAAUAAAAGACCAUCAAGAAAAAUUGGAACAAAAGGAUAGUGCCUUAGCAGAACGUCAAGGAGUUAUCAAUAGAAAUGUGCAGGAAACUAUCAGUCUAAAUGAAAAGGUGAGGAUUUUAGAAGAUGACAAGUCUCUACUUCAGGAAGAGCUUGAGAAUGUGCAGGAGACAUCUGACAAAGUGAAAAAUGAAAAUGAGUAUCUAGAGACAGUGCUCCUUAAGAAUGCUGAAAAAAUUGAUGAACUUACUGAAACUGUCAAUACACUGCAAGUUCAAAAUAAAUCCUUGUCAGCUCAGCUCAUAGAGAUUAAGCAGGAAAAGAAUGAGUUCUGCAGGCAGAAGGAAGAUCAGCAGUUAAAAUUAGUGAAGGAGUUUGAGGAGAAGCUCAGGGUUGCUCAGAGAGGGAGUGCCGGGUCAAAAAGCAUAAAUAAAGAGUUACAGGAGUUGCUAAAAGAAAAGCAUCAAGAAAUCAACCAACUUCAAAGUGAUUGCAUCAAUUACCAGGAGGUGAUAUUAGACUUUGAAAGAUCUGCAAAAGUGUUGCAGUCAGAACAUAGUAAAGUGGAAAAAGAAUUAAAUGACACAAAAGAAAAGUUGUUAAAUUUAGAGACCAUAAUUCAAAACCUUGAAUCAGAAAUAACAUCGUAUAAGAAUCUACUGAAUGAGUCAAGGAACGAGGUUGAGAAAGUGAAUUCUGAAAUUGUGAAGUUACAUAAUCAGCUUGCACAAAAAGACAAACUUGCUGAGCUUCAGUUGAUGGAAAAAGAGAAGGAGUUGAAAGAACUCUUAGAGCAGCAAAAUACCCUUCAUAAAGAAAUGUUAAUGGAAUUGGAGGCCAGAAUUAAUACAUUGCAGCUAGAGAAAGAGAAGGAUGAAGAGACAGUGUUUGAAUUAAAGAAGCAAAUUGAAUCACAGGGCAUAAUGAACAGCAGACUUCAGAAAGAGGCAAACCUAAACUUGUCUAGGUUGGUAGCCGUUUCACAGAGUCUUCGAAAUAAUGAUGAGGCAAGACAGUGGGAGGAUAAAUUUCAAAAACUGAUUCAAGAUAAAGACGGUCAACUGUUGGAACAGUCCCAUGCAAUCAGCAGACUUAAACAAGACAUGAAAGUAAAGGAUGCACUUCUUAAUGAGCUUAAAGAGAAAUUCUUAAAGUUAGAGACAGCUUUGAGUGAAACAGAUACCCACUAUAAAGCAGCAGCAUCAGACUACCAGAAACAGGUAACCAUAAUGGAAGAGAAUAACAAAGAACUUUCUAAAAACAUUGAGGACUUAAGAAAACAAAUUGGAGGGCAGAGUGACGAUAUUGAGAAAUUACAGCAGGAUAAGAGCUCAUUGAACCUUAGACUUACAGACAAGUUAGAUUAUGUUUCCAAAAUGGAAGCAAACCUCACAAUGCUAGAGAUGAAACUUUCUAAUACUGAAGCCGAACUCUUCCUGGUUCGGUCUCAAAAUGACAAAUUGGUGGUUGACCUUGAGAAACAAGAUGCCAUCUCUGCUCAGCUGAAGUUGCUUCUUAAAAACAAAGAUGCUGAGAUUGCUUUGCUGCUGUCUUCUAGAGAAAUCUCGGAGUAUUUGGAAGAAGUUCAGAAACAUCACUGGGCUGAGAUUUUGGGCUACGAAGAUAGGUUAAGUGCUCUUUAUAGUGAGAGGGAAAAUGCAGAUAAGGCAUUCAGAGGAUUAGAAAGCAAUGUGAAAAGCCUUCAAGAGAAAUAUGAAAAAUCUCUUCAGGAGAAAGAACAAAUGAAUGCAAAACUGGAGAGCUUUAAGAAGGCAAUGAUGUCUUUGCAAAGUGACAGGGAUCACUUGAUGUCUAAAUAUGAGGUGUUACAGUCAAAGCUACAAAGUAUUGAAAAAGAAAAAGAAAUCUUAAUUAAAGAGGAACUUGGUGAAACCAACAAACUCAAGCAAGAAAUUAAGGCUCUACUUCAUCAAAUGGAUGACUUGAAUUCAGAAAAUGCUAUGCUGAAAGCACAGCUAAUUCGCUACAGGGAAGAUCUCAAUCAAGUCUUGUCACUUAAGGAUAACCAAUUAAAAGAACUUCUGAAGCAACAACUGGAUUCGAUUAAAAACCUUGAAAAUCAGAAAAAUGCCAUGGAUAAAAUGUAUAAGGAUGUUCUUCAGAACCUGGAGAAAGAGACAGAAACUACAAAAUCCUUAGAAGCAAAAAACUCAGAAUUAGGAAUUCAGGUUCAGACUCUUGAAGCCAACAUAUUAGCCUUAAAAAAAGAGAGACAGGAACUCAAUCAGAACAAGGUGAUUGCAGACUUACAACAAGCUGUUGAAGUUAAAGCUGCAGAAUGCAGUGAAUUGCAUCAAAAGCUUUUUGCACAGAAAAGCUCUGUUGAAGAUCUUAAGAGAAACCUCCGUCAACUUGAAAGUGACAUGGAAAAGAAAGUAAAAGAGACAAAGGAAAAGUAUAAUAAUGAGAUCAGUGCCUUUGAACGAGAGGUUGCCCUCAUGAGAAGUAUACGAGAAACAGCUGAGGAAAGAGUUGAAGAGCUCACAAGGGACUUGAUACAGACAGAGCAAUUAUUGUCUGAAGCGAGGAGUCAAAGCAAGGAGCUUAAGUCUCACAAUGAGUCUUUGGGGAAAGCCAUGGUCGCUUUGCAAAAUGACAGAGAUCAGCUCAUUGAAGACUUCAAGCUUUUGCGAAACAAGUAUGAUGAGGAGCUUAAAACGGCUUCUGCGGCGCUGAACAAGUUUGAGUUCCAGCUCAACAACAUGACCUCGGAAGUGAAGAUGUUAACUAAAGAAAGGUCUGCUCUGAUUCAGAAACUUUCUGCCUUUGAGAGCGACAGCACUUACAGUCAGCUGAUGGGGCAGGUAGAUGAUCUGUGUAAAACAGUGACUGAGAAAGAAGCUGAAAUUAAAAGGCUUACCUUAGAAAAUGAGACUUACAGUAAGCAGAUGACUGCUUUUUCCAAAUCGAUGGCCAGUCUACAGGAUGACAGAGACAGACUGAUUCAACAGUUGGGAGGAACAAAACGGGUUUAUGAAUCCAGACAAAGAGAAAGUUCUGCUUCCUCAUCAGUGAAAAGUGACAAAGAAUUGGAUGCCUUUAGGAGCAAUUUUUCUGAGCUUCAGACUGAAAAGGGCAGUGUGGUAAAAGAAAUGGGAAGCCAGAGGUUGGAAAAUGUUGAGUUAACACAGAUGAAGAUACGAGUUGAUGAGCUGCAGAAAGCACUGCAACAGGCGUAUGCCUACAGACAGCAGACAGAGAAGGAUAUCCGUGCAUACCAGUCAGAGCUCGGAGAACUAAGAUCCGAGAAGAACCUGCUGCUCUCUGAAUCUCGAGCUUUGAGACAGCAGCAUUUGAUGGUGGUGGCUGAAAAAGAUCGACAGAUCUCUGAACUGCAGAAACACCGCCCUGAAGCACUUGUAAAAGAAUCCAAAAAUGCCCCUUCACUUUAUCCAGUUAAGAUGGAAAGUGUUACCCUGGCAGCAAAAGAGGCUUCUGCAGAUCAAGUUACACAGCUGCUGAAAGAACGUGGCCAGCUUCAGAGUGACUUGCAGCGUUGCCUACAGGAGAUUCACCAGAAAGACCUCCGCUUUCAGCAGCUGAACGCCAAGAUGAUGCAAACCAUCGAAGAGAAAAUGGGCUUGUCGAUGCAGCUAAAAGCCGUUUCUCAAACUCUGCGCGAGACGCAGAUGAAUCUCAGCGAAGUUCAGAAUCGCUGUUAUUGGCUGGAGAGCCAGACACAAACACCAGCUGUACUGCCCUACCAGAACCCCGUUCAAGGUGCAGCUGCUGUCGAGGUGCCUCCAGGGGCACCGCAGGAAAAGACCAUGGUAGACAUUGAAAGCCUGGAUGGUAGUGAGCUGAGAAGGAGGCUCAUAGAAACAGAGCAGGCGUUGGAUUCUACACAGCAGGACCUGUCCCACCUGGCAGAGGAGCUGUCUGAAGAGCGGGCCAGGCGCGAGGCAGCUGAAGAGGCUUUAGGACUGGUGGCGGAAAGUGAUAAAAGUAUUGAUGCAAACAUUUCUAGAUCCACUCCAAGGGAAUACAGCAUUCAACUUGAAUCAGAUGAAGAGCACAGGGCACUUAUUAUAGACCCUGCUGAACAUGUGGUAGUACGCAAGAUGAAAGGUGGAGCUCUCUCUGUUAAGAGAUGGUUGAGGGGCCGCAGUCUGUACUGCUCUAAGCUGCUGACGACCAGAGCAAAAUCGCGCUACGUUUUCCUCACAUACCUGCUGGCAUUACACGUUGUGGUCUUCAUGUGCCUGACUGGACUACUGUAAACACUAACAUUUCUCACCAAAUACACUUGUGCUGCUGGAACCCAGUGUUUGAUUCUUUGGUCUGAGCUUUGUGGGAGGAGUGAAGUGUUGUGAGGCAGGGAUGUAACACAUUCAGUAAUAAAGCUGUCAAUUUGUAUUGAUAGCAAAAGUAGUCAGUAUAGUAUGUCAUAGUGUUAGAACAAAUUUAAGUCGCGGUGUCAAGAUUUACUUGGUAGAGUCAGGUUUUCUUCUCAGCUAAUUUAAAGCUGUUUAUGAAAGCUGCCUAAAAAUUAUUCUUUUAUGAAAACUCCUGAAUCUCCAUUUCCAUUUAAGCAUCUGUUUUUCAUUUCAAUGUAUCAACCACUCCAGAAGUAACCACUUUGCACUCCUCCCAUACAGCUGAGUCUGAAAACUUAAAUAUUUGCUUCUGCUGUAUUCAAAAACACUAAGGGUGUUGCUUGGAAAUUGUGCCAUGAUGUCUUAGCUGCUGAUUAAGCUAUGCACUGAAUUAACUGCUAUAUAGUUAUUUGAUAAAAACAAUUCAGCAGGGUUUUCCUCUCAGAGUUUGUUAUUUAAGGGUGUAUGUACUGUAUAUCAGGUUCUUUCCCCUCGUAUUGCAAUUUUCUUUUUAUGUUAUGCGGUAUUUAUCAUAUUCAAAUUGGUUACAUAGAAAUCACCUUUGAGUACAUAAAUGUAUGCUGUACAAUACAGCAGAUUUGCUUCAGCUUCUGUGUUCCGUAUAAUGAUGUGUAUAUAUGGUUUGAUUGAGAAGAAUAUUGAAGCUAACCAAACUACUGAGUGCAUCAAAGAUUACAUAUUUUCUAUACAGGAUCUAUUUUUAAAAAAUGUAUCUGUUCGCGUACACUAUUCACUUUGAAAGAAUGUCCUAUAGCCUUUUGAUCUAAUCAAGACGGCUGAAGUGUGCAAUACAGUGCGAUUUUUGGAGAUGCUGUUGCAUUCUGUUAAUUUUAAUAAAGGAAUUUAAAAAAUG